AUGAAGACUCUUAAACUUCAGCUUGACUACGUUCUUGCGAGGAACAUUCCUCAGUCAGAUAUCCGAAAAUCUAGAGCUGUUUGGGACGUCGCGUUCGACUCUGACCACCGUUCAGUUCUUCUCAGCUUCAAAAUACGAUUCCACAAGAGAAACCGAGGAGAUCCUCUUCAACCGAAAAUCGACAUGGCAGGUCUGAAAGACGAUGAAUGCAGAAGAAAAUUCCCCCAACGUGUGUCUAUUCCGUGUGGAGCACGGACCAGGAAGAAGCUUAGCGAUGCGGAUUCCUUCACAAAGUGCAUCCAGGAUGCUGCAAGGGAAACGCUCCCGGUUCUAUUGCCGUGGAAGAAGUUUGCUCUUGCACCUGCGGAAACAAAACCCACAUACAACUCUGUAUGUGCCGCGCGCAGCACUGGUGACUUCAACCAGAAAAAGCGUCUUAGAAGGAAGUAG